UUGACACGAAAAAUAAACCUCCGAAUUUCAUUUCAAAUGAAUUUCGUAUUCAAAAUUCACGAUAAAUUUGUCCAAGAUGCAUUUUCCACCGCAAGGCUAGACGCAAACGCGUACUCUUGCAUACCGAGCCUCGUUUUUAUGUCUUGCAUGUUCGUUCUUCUCUAUUUCCAAUUUCACUAUUACACGAGCUCAUACACGAGAUGGAAGACACGCUUAUAUAAGGACGUUUUCUUCCAUUGGGUGUAUUUUUAUACAGUAAGAUUAUGGUUCCUUUUUAUUAAGUUUGCGAGAUACUUAAUUUCCUCCAUGGACCAAUUUAUAGAGGAUAAUAGUCCUAAAGACGAAAUCACCCUAAACCAAACCCUCACGCACGUUUGCUUGUUCAUAAUAACCCUAACAAUAUCCCUAAUACCCUUUGUAAUCCUCAGCAUUCAACACCUUUACAGAUCAAAUAUACCGAACUUUUUAGUCUGGGUAACUGAAGAUUCGAGGAACAAUAGCGAGAUAGGAACGUCUGGACACUAUCUGGAACGACCGCCGCGGUUCGUUCAUUCCUACAAAGGAACAACGGCGCCUUAUCGAUCGAAAAGAUCCACGAGCUUCGACAGCGACCUGUUCCUAAACAAGAACAGCGAAAGCUGCAGGUCCUGCCAAUCGAUGACCGUCCUGGCAUCGGGAGCUUUAAUCGAAGAUUUGACGAAAUCGAAGUGAUUUAUUUUUAUUUUUACUUCUAUAUGCG